UUGGCGUGGUCCGGGUAGGGAGGGGUUAAUUUUCGUACUUUUGGCGUCUGGCGUCUAAAGGGUUAAACAUGAGCCUAUUUUAUAUCGUUCCAGUUCAAUCCAAGCAAACAAUGAACAUUCAGUGUGUUCUCGCCACUAUUUUUCUGGUUGGUGUAUCUCUCGCCAACGAGGACGUUCCCGAGGGCGUUCUCGAGGGCGUUGACAACCCAGACGUUCCCACGUGUACAAUAGAGCAAUGUAUAAAGAGUUCUCCAAACAUCACGUGUCCACUCGUGAAUGAUGCCGACAUUGACAAAGCCACUGAUUUUUUCAUCGAAUGCAGAGUUGGCGAUUGCAUGACCCAUGUCGAGGUUGACUACGUGCCUGAUUGGACGUUGUACAAUACUUACGACCAGUGGUGCCAACAGUGCCGAUGCCAGGAGGAUGGGUCGGUCAGCUGCAAGUAAGCAUCGGCCAAGCAGCCUAACAUCUGUGUCCAAGUGAGGAAACAAUGUAUAUGUAGGAAAAUACGGACUUGCCAUGACACUCAAAUAACAAUAUAGAGGCCCGAAUGAGAAAUAAAUAUGUUGGC